AUGUAUGACUUUUACUUGGAGGCAUGCAGCCUUCUUGAACAAAAUCAAGUGAAUCCUGCUACAUUUGGAAAGGCUCAGACACAUUCUUAUCCAUGUGAGCUGGUAAGGAAUCAUUUUUGGGAAAAGCAACUGGAGCAAAAAUAUUUUCACAGGUUUACCUUCAUUGCAGAUGAAUACUAUAACUACUGCCAGGACAUUUUACAGAAUGUUCAAGAUCUUGUCAUCUUUUUCUGGAAGUCUCUGCCCGUUAGUGUAAUUGAGCUCAUGUCUUUGCCAGAUGUGAGCCAGCUGUUCAGUUCCUACGAUGCACAUUUGUACAAGAUGAUCGAAGGGAUUCUUAUUAAUGACUUCCUGGAAGAUAUCUCUGUUCAGGAUCUUAAAAGAGCUAGGAUGUUCAGCAAGAACUUCAGGUCCUGGCUGCUGACAGUUCUGGAUGAUUUUCCAGUCAUGCUUCAGGCUUCAAAGCGCAAAGGGUUUCAUGCAGUGUAUUCAUGGCUGAGUACCUCAGCUGACAUCAAGACAUAUCUGGAUGGGGUGGUAACACUCUUGCAAGCUUUCAUCUUUCAGCCAAGAAGAAGCAAUGGUGUGUUCUCAGGUCUGGCAGCUGACUUCCUCCUGAGAUGGAACUAUUUCCUCACUGACAUAAGCAGAGCCAUGAUACUGUUAAAUGCAGAAAGCUUUGGGUCUUGGCAUUUGCUGAAUUUGCUGCUUUCGGACUACGUUCUCCAUAUACUCCAUUCCUACAUGGAGGAGAAGACUGAGUGGCUGGCAGAAGAACCCCUGAAGGAGCUUCCCCCUCUUGUAGCUCCACUGGAGUCUGAGCUUGCUGUGGGUGUGGUAGACCCUCCACAGAAUCUAGCUGUAGAGCAGUCCUAUCAGAGUGCUGAACCAGCUAACAGCAAUGCUCUCACUUUAGAGGGCAUCACUGUCCACGUUGUGGGGUUCCUGGUAGAUUCAGCAACCGGCAACAAGUUGAUCCAGAUUAUGUUAGAAGACAAAUCUGCUAAUUGUGCUGUGAAAGUGGAUCUCCCAGUAGGACAAGAAGCAAUGGUCACUCUAAGAGACGGGCAGAAAUUUAUGAUUCACACCUGUGACAUUGGUGCUGCCCCGAGUGCUCACCAGUCUCCUGAAGAAAGUCGCAUGGGGGCGUUCUUCGCCCCCCCCCCCGUUGCGGGUCCGUCCCAGCCACGCCUCUUGACGCCAUCACAGAGCCCCUCCAGUGGGAUCCCUUGUGCGCAGACGUCUCUGUCCAUCCGCAUCCAGUAUCAGCAGGUGCGGGACAUUAUUGAUAUGAAAGCCAAGAUCAGUCUGAUUAUGGAGCUUUUGGAGAGGCAGCAGGCCCCGAUGGCUCUGGCCGCAGCCUCGCAUGUGGCUCCACCCUCACCCCCAGUACCAUUAAGAGUUGCUGUACCGCCCCCGAUCUCCCUGUGGGAGAACAAGGUGAGCAGGAAGACAGGGCACUAUGAUCGGACGAGGACGCGCUCUCCAUCGCAGCUUUUUGGAGGGAGUCUGCUUUUCCAGCGGAGGUGGAGGCGAAGCAGAGCUUGUAUUCCCAACCAAAGCAGUCCCUACUUCCGAGGUGUCCUCGGUUAA